CAGAAAUAGGUACUUUUGAGUGCUGGCGUUUUCACUGCAAAACCAGUGAUGAUAGUCUUUUAGCUAGGUUGCAAUUGUAAAUUAAUCGUUGGACAAAGCGGAAAAAGUCGCAGAAGUAUAUAUUUAUUCAUGUAAAAGUGCAAUACAUCAAAAUAAACUCGUGUGUAGCGAAAAAAUGCAUCUAGUUUCACUGUGUGUGUCGAAACGGAUGGUGAGCGAUGGCGAGAAUACGGUGAUAGAUUUUUGGUGUUGAAAAUUUGCCCUGUGUCAUUGUCGAUUUAGUUCUCAAUAACGUCUGAGAAAUACAAUAGUAUUGUUUCGACUUUUGUGUACUCCAAAAUUGAAAAAUCAACUAUUUUGAAGAAAAUUGUCCAGAAAUUAAAUUGUCAUCGACUGACCGGCUGAUAUUACACGAGGCUUGUAUGUAUAUGUUACUUCUGCCUACUGGUGUUCGUGACACGCCUCAGAAAAUAAAACUGAUUUUGUGAAUGGAAUUGUUCUUUUUUAUUAUUGUGUCAUUUUGGUGAUAAAGACGUUUUAAAAUUACGUAACUGUUGUGGAAUCUUGAAGUGUAUAAAGAAUGGCCUGAGUGUGAGCACUCUAUUGCCGUCAUGUGUGACGAAGGAAUGUUUGUUUAGGCUGUAGUAUUUUGUUGCGACUGUACUAGGAGUGCGCGUUCGUCUCGUCAAUUGGACCGGAUCAUGACACUAUCCGAAUCAAAACAAGCAUCGCAUUGAUCGCACUCGAUAUUGUCAUUUGGGACACUUUUAUAUAAGCAAAAUGUCUUCGGGAACGUUUGUGGAUAGAAUUGAUCCGUUCGCCAAGCGUUCGUUAAAGAAAAAAACCAAGAAAUCGCAAGGUUCCUCCCGCUACCGCAACACUCAGGACGUGGAACUUCAGGCGCUGCCGCUUCUCAAAGAUGUUCCAAAUAGUGAGCAAGAGGAACUGUUCAUUCGUAAACUGCGGCAAUGCUGUGUGGCAUUUGACUUCAUGGAUCCUGUUGCUGAUCUCAAGGGCAAGGAGAUAAAACGUGCCACAUUGAAUGAGCUUGUAGAGUACAUCACUGGUGGGCGUGGAGUGCUUACUGAGCCUGUUUAUCCGGAGAUUAUUAAAAUGAUAUCGGCCAACCUGUUCCGCACUCUGCCGCCGAGUGAAAAUCCCGACUUCGAUCCUGAAGAAGACGACCCGACCCUGGAGGCGUCGUGGCCGCAUCUCCAGCUCGUCUACGAGUUCUUCCUACGCUUCCUCGAGUCGACCGACUUCCAGCCCACCAUCGGCAAGAAGGUUAUUGACCAGAAAUUUGUUUUGCAGCUUUUAGAUUUAUUCGACUCCGAGGAUCCGCGCGAACGCGACUUUCUGAAAACUGUCCUUCAUCGCAUUUACGGCAAGUUCUUGGGACUGCGAGCCUUCAUACGGAAACAAAUCAAUAAUAUUUUCCUACGAUUUGUAUAUGAAACUGAACAUUUCAAUGGUGUUGGAGAGCUCUUAGAAAUAUUGGGAAGCAUAAUCAAUGGGUUCGCUCUGCCACUGAAGAGCGAACACAAGCAGUUCCUGGUGAAGGUGCUGCUGCCGCUGCACAAGGUGAAGUGCCUGUCGCUGUACCACGCGCAGCUGGCCUACUGCGUGGUGCAGUUCCUGGAGAAGGACGCUACACUCACUGAGCCUGUAGUGCGCGGACUGCUCAAGUUCUGGCCCAAGACCUGCUCCCAGAAAGAGGUUAUGUUCUUGGGUGAGAUAGAAGAAGUAUUGGAUGUGAUUGAGCCAGCUCAGUUUGCCAAAAUACAAGAGCCAUUAUUUAGACAAAUUGCAAAAUGUGUGUCCAGUCCACAUUUUCAAGUAGCAGAGCGGGCUCUGUACUUCUGGAACAACGAAUAUAUUCUGUCGCUGAUGGAGGAGAACAACCAGGUGAUAAUGCCGAUCAUGUUCCCGGCGCUGUACCGCAUCAGCAAGGAGCACUGGAACCAGACGAUCGUGGCGCUCGUCUACAACGUGCUCAAGACCUUCAUGGAGAUGAACUCCAAGCUGUUUGACGAGCUCACGGCUAGCUACAAAGCUGAACGGCAAAAAGAGAAGAAGCGCGAGAAGGAGCGCGACGAGCUGUGGAAGAAGCUGGGCGAGCUGGAGAUAAGCAGCAAGCGGCAGGCGGUGGGUGCGGUGGGCGCGGUGGGUGCGGGGGGCGCGGCGGUGACGGGGGGCGCGGUGGGCAAGUGAUGCCCCGCGCCGCCCGCCGCGCGCCCGCACGCCUACGAUAAUGUCCCCAACACUUUACGGUUACACGAUCCAUUCGUAUUGUCUAUUCAAUUACAAUUUUUGUUAACGACGUGAUUAAUUUUUUUACACCAUUCAAUGAUUCGUUCGUACGUUCGGGUAUUGGGUUGCCACCCGACAAUGUAUUUGCAUUUUUUGUGCAUAUAAAGUAAAAAAGAUUCUAUACAGAUUAGUUGGAAUUUUUUUUUUUGAUGGGAAUUUAUAAUAGGGAUGAUCGAAGUCGACGCUCGUCGAAUGCAAACUAUUAAUGUUGGUCGACAUCAGUGUUCUUGUACAUAUUGCUAGAUUUUAAUAAAACCACUAAACUCUAAAAAAAUGGUAUUCGAAUAAUCUGUUUUAUUAUAGUUAUUGUUGCUUUUGUUAGUGGCGUCGAUAGAUAUGAUGUGGUUCUCGACGACGUAUCCACGAUGUCGUCGCGACGUCGAUGUUUCACGUUUUAACAUCGACGGUCAUCCUUAAAUCUGUAAGAAAGCAAUAAAUUGUACCGAGGCCGGUGAGUUGCCGACUUCGGUACACUGCGUAACGUGGCCGGUAAUAUUUAUUCUAAACUUUAUAGUAUUGAGAGAAAUAUAUUAAAGAUGAUGCUAUAUUUUUAAUUUUAUACCCUUCUUUAUACUAGAUAUUUAUGUGGUACGGUAGGAUGGAGCAGACAUACAGAUCGAUGUAAAACUUUUCUCGCUAUUAAUAAUUUAGGAUUAAAAACCGUUAGGAAAAUUAAUUAUAGACUUGCAUUUUGUGUCGCCUUUUCUAACGUGUCCAUCUCACGAGGGGAACAUUUAGGUUGCUGAAGGGUGGCAACCCUCAUCUGUUGUCCGUCGGUUCGCUCGCGAGCACCCUCUUAACUAAAGUCUCCGCCCCGAAUGCACUGUCAUCACUCUACUAUACUUAGAUAGGCGUGCGUACUGCCGAUGUACUGAAUACAUGACAAACUUGUGCGACUACAUUUUUUCGCUAAAAUUAUUUUAUAUUAAACCCUGUCAGAUUAUAAUUAU